AUGGCCUGGAUCGGUAACAUCUCCUGGAUUAAUCGCCUUGCUCUGCAUGAAGAACAUUUCAGGAGGUAUUUAAACAGCACUGAUGAUUACUUAGCCUUCCUAUGUGGGCCUAGACGGAGCCAUCUCUUCUUGCCCAUGGCUUUGGUGUACACCCUGAUCUUUGUUGUUGGGGUGGCAGGUAACUUCUUAGUUUGCCUGGUGAUCCUCAGGCACCAGAGCAUGAAGACGCCAACCAAUUACUAUCUUUUCAGUCUCGCCAUCUCAGACCUGCUUGUGCUGCUUUUCGGGAUGCCACUGGAAGUCUAUGAGAUGUGGAGCAACUACCCCUUCUUGUUUGGGCCCGUUGGCUGCUAUUUGAAGACGGCACUUUUUGAGACAGUGUGUUUUGCCUCUAUCCUCAGCGUGACCACAGUCAGCGUGGAGAGAUACAUCGCCAUCCUCCAUCCUUUCCGUGCCAAGCUAGAGAGCACUCGCAAGCGUGCCCUGAGGACCAUCGUGGUGCUCUGGGUCCUCUCUGUCCUCUUUGCCCUCCCCAACACAGGCAUCCAUGGCAUCGUGCUGCAGUACUUCCCCAAUGGCACCCUAGUCCCUGGCUCUGCUACCUGCACUGUGGUCACGCCCAUGUGGAUCUACAACUGUAUUGUCCAGAUUACUUCUGUUCUCUUCUUUGUGCUGCCCAUGGGGGUAAUAAGUGUGCUGUACUAUCUGAUGGGGCUAAGAUUGAAAGUAGACAAAUCUUUGGAAGUGAAGGAAAUGGCUGUGAAUGUCCAGAGACCAUCCAGGAAAUCAGUCACCAAGAUGCUGUUUGUCCUUGUGAUGGUUUUUGCUAUCUGCUGGGCUCCAUUCCAUGUUGAUCGACUUUUCUUCAGCUUUGUUGUGGAAUGGACUGAGCCUCUGGCUAAUACAUUCAACUUAAUUCAUGUGGUGUCAGGUGUUUUCUUCUAUCUGAGCUCUGCCGUGAAUCCCAUCAUUUACAAUCUGUUGUCCCAGCGCUUCAGGAUGGCUUUCCUCAGUGUGAUCUCUCCUUGCUGCAAGCACUGGGUCCCUAACCAUCCCACCAGCAGGAUUCUUGCCCAGCAGAGCAUCUUUGUGGUUGAGGACCACAAUCUCGUGGACUCUGCUGAAGACAUAAGCCUCCCUGGCACCCACAGGGCAUCAGUCAGCAGUUCUCGGCUCUCCACUGGUCUGUGA